CCAGCUCGCAGAGACCGUCUUCCUGGGAGCCGCCGGCCUGUGAGGCACCCAUGGGUUCACUGGUGGCCAAGCUCCUUCUGCCCACCAUCAGCACCUUGGUCUUCCUCCCCACCAUCAGCAUCGCGGCCAAGCGGCGCUUCCACAUGGAAGCCAUGGUUUACUUCUUCACCAUGUUCUUCGUGGCGAUUUACCACGCAUGUGAUGGCCCCGGCUUAUCAGUGCUGUGCUUCAUGCGCUAUGAUAUUCUGGAGUACUUCAGCAUCUAUGGAACAGCUCUGUCCAUCUGGGUGUCCCUGAUGGCCCUGGCAGAGUUUGACGAGCCGAAGAGAUCGACCUUCGUCAUGUUCGGCGUCCUCACCAUCGCCGUGAGGAUCUACCACGACCGCUGGGGCUACGGUGUCUACUCGGGACCCAUCGGGACGGCCGUUCUGGUGAUAACCGUGAAAUGGCUACAAAAGAUGAAAGAGAAGAAAGGGCUCUAUCCAGACAAGAGCGUCUACACCCAACAGAUCGGUCCUGGCUUCUGUUUCGGGGCGUUAGCACUGAUGCUGCGGUUCUUCUUCGAGGAGUGGGAUUACACCUACGUGCACAGCUUCUAUCACUGCGCCUUGGCCAUGGCCUUUGUGCUGCUGCUGCCCAAGGAGAACAAGAAGGCCGGGAGCGCCGGGACCCCCGCCAGGCUCGACUGCUCCACACUCUGCUGCUGCGUCUGAGCCCGCUGCCGAGAGCUUUGCCUCAGAGGAUCUU